CCCGUUCAUCCUGGACGAGUUCAAGCGCAAAUACUCCAACGAGGACACGCUGGGGGUGGCGCUGGGGUCACUCUGUGGUCACUCUGUGGGUCAGUGGUCACUCUGGUCACUCAGUGGUCACUCUGGGGUCAUCGUGGUCACUCUGUGCCCGUUCAUCCUGGACGAGUUCAAGCGCAAAUACUCCAACGAGGACACGCUGGGGGUGGCGCUGCCGCAUUUCUGGGAGCACUUUGACCGCGAGGGUUGGUCCCUGUGGUACUGCCAGUACCGCUACCCCGAGGAGCUCAGCCAGACCUUCAUGAGCUGCAACCUCAUCACAGGGAUGUUCCAGCGCCUGGACAAGCUGCGCAAGAACGCCUUCGCCUCCGUCAUUCUGUUCGGCAGCGACCACGACAGCAGCAUCUCGGGGGUCUGGCUGCUGCGGGGGCAGGAGCUGGCUUUCACCCUGUGCCCGGACUGGCAGGUGGAUUACGAAUCCCCCACCCCAAAAUCCACCCCAGACCCUCGGGAAUUCCGGAUUUUCUCGGGAUUUUCUCGGGAUUUUCUCUCAGAAUCCCGGAUUUUUUUGGGGAUUUUUCCCAAAAUUCCCAUUUUUUCCCCAAUUCCAUGAUUUUUCCCACAGCUGUGCCCGGACUGGCAGGUGGAUUACGAAUCCCCCACCCCAAAAUCAACCCCAAACCCUCGGGAAUUCCGGAUUUUCUCGGGAUUUUCUCAGGAUUUUCUCUCAGAAUCCUGG